GCAGCCCUGGUUUUACAGUUAUAACCGCGAUCAAUUUUUUAUUCGGAUUUUCACAUUUUGCAAGUUUUCCAAUUUUUUGCUAUAAAAUUACGCAACAUGUCGGAGAAAGAAGAGGAAUCAAUUGAGUAUCUGGUGGAAAAGGGCAUUUUCCCCCGACUCCUGGAGAUCUUGAAGCAAUUGGUGGAAAUAGACCCACUGCCCGCUGAUCCCCUGAUGUACAUUUUGCAUUUACUGGGCUGUCCGCUGAUUCCGCAGGCCCAAAUGAAGGCCCUGGAGCGAAAAGUGUCACGUGCCCACGAUGAAUUGCGCUAUUUGCGACGCUUGAUCAUCGAUUUAGAUGGCGACGAUCAGCUCUACGACAGCGAAAGCGACGUGGGCGAAUAUGUGGGCGAUGUGGAGGACACCAGUUCGACGGCCCACGAGAUUUCCCUGGUGGAAAGCACUGAAUCGCAGGAGGACUCCUCACCACCCGAAUUCGUAGUCCUCUCUUCCAAGGAUUCGGAUUCCUCCAACUGAAAGAUCCAUCAAUAUUUAUAGUAUCACAUUCGCCGUUGAGCCUCUAUUAUGUUACUCGAACAUAUCUUUGGCAACUGCAUGUGAGUCCCGGCUUGUUUGCCCCUAUAUUACAUUUUGUUUAUUCAAUGCAUUGUGAGAUCUAUUACAACUUUUAUCAGAUAAACUUGUUAAAAUACAGCUUGUAGAGAAACCAACUCUACUAUUCAAAAAUUAAACAUUGUUACUUAGCAUGAACCAUACAA